CUCUCACUCGCAUACGAAGCCGACGCGUUGCUACGCGUCUUCACUGCUCCUCUUGCCAUCAUUCGAAUCGGGAUAUCAGGAGCUGACUGUACUCGCAGCGGAUAGCUGAAAAUGAGCGACUCAACAUCAAUCCCUUCGUCGCCAACAGAUUCGACUGCCGUGACCUCGCUUCCCCCGUCACCCACAUUCUCCAAGCUGAGUUUGGAGGAUGUCUCAGAGCAAGAUAGACAGGGAGCUGUGAGGUUUAAGGCAGAGGCCAAUAGGGCUUUCACCGGCCAUGACUUCAAUAAAGCAGCGGAGCUCUACUCAAAAGCCAUUGAGUUGAACCCAUUUGAUGCUACUUUUUGGUGCAACCGCGCGUACACGCGCAUCAAAUUGGAGGAGCAUGGAUACGGGCUUAGUGAUGCUGCACAUGCGAUUGAAUUGGAUCCAAACUAUUCGAAAGCCUACUAUCGGCGAGCGACAUGCUACUUGCAGACAAUGAAAUUUAAGCAGGCCAUUGCGGACUUCAAGAAGGUGCUUGCGCUCGAACCGAACAAUGCACUCGUUCGUCAACAAAUGGACAGCACGGCGAAGAUCAUGCGAAAAUCGGAAUUUGAGAAAGCCAUUGAGAUGGAGGAGGAGGCGAGUCCGGUAGAGCGAUGUUUAGCGAUCAUCUCUGAAGGCGGAUGUGAUCUCGACCGCAGCUAUAAGGGUCCGCAACUGCCUACAACCGAGGGGGGCAAGUACAACAUCAACCUCGAAUUCAUCAAUGCUAUGAUUGAGUGGUUCAAGGAGGGCAAGACUUUGCCAAGAAGAUAUGUAUGGGAAAUAGUCUUGGGAGCGCAUCAAGCGUUCGUCCAGGAAGAAAGCUUAGUGACGCUGGACGUUGAGGAGGGUAUGACCUGUGAUGUGAUCGGCGAUGUUCACGGUCAAUUCUAUGACGUUCUGCACCUCUUAUCUCUCACGGGUUAUCCAACCGACAAGCAUUGUUUGCUUAUGAACGGGGACCUCGUUGAUCGGGGCUCAUGGUCGAUAGAGGUCAUCCUCACCGCGUUCGCUUUCAAGUGGCUCUAUCCCAAUCGGAUGUACAUCAACCGGGGUAACCAUGAGACGAAAGACAUGAAUCGAACGUAUGGCUUCGAAGGCGAAGCAAAACACAAGCACGGGGAUCAGACAUACAAGCUCUUCGCACACGUCUUCACCGUUAUGCCUCUCUCAACCUUGAUCUGCGCAUCGAAGCCCCCGGCAGGUCCGGCGGCCAAAGCUAUCCUGUCACCUGAAGGCCGGAAGCGUUACUUCGUCGUGCAUGGUGGCCUGUUCAGCAAGGACGGCGUUACCCUCGACGAGAUCCGUAAAAUCGACCGCAUAGGGCGACAGCCUGGGCAAGAAGGACUCAUGUGUGAGUUGCUGUGGACAGACCCUCAAGAGAUGCCAGGACGAGGGCCCAGCAAACGGGGCGUCGGCAUUGCGUUUGGACCAGACGUCACCAAGCGGUGGUGCCAGUUGAACGGCGUGACAGGCGUAAUCCGCAGUCACGAAGUUCGGCAAGAUGGAUAUGCCAUUGAGCAUGAUGGACUUUGCACCACUGUCUUCUCAGCGCCGAACUACGUAGACCAAGCAGGGAACAAGGGCGCAUUCGUAAGUAAUAUAUCUGCAAGGUGAGUGCAUGUACUGACUCUCAAUGCAGAUUCGGAUUGAUGAACACGGCUCGCAAAUGUACACGCAAUUUGACGCCAAACCACAUCCGCCAAUGAAACCCAUGGCGUACACGUCCGGGGGCUUGUCGAGCUUGCUGAUGUGAUACGAUUUUCCCGUUCAGAGCCCUCUUAGAGCAACCUAUCGUGAUCAUGAAAAAGGUCCAAUUGUAUCCACAACUGUAGAUCAGGGGUCAAUGCUGUAGGGUUUGCGCAUUACACACGGACAUGUGUUCGAUUGCUCUGCUCUUGAUAUCGCUGUCAUUGUAUACCACAUUCGCUCGAUGUUAUCCUAGUGCAACGCACAAUAUAUGUACGGUGACCGCACGAUGUGCUGCGAUGACUGU